CUUUCUUCACUCUUCUUCUUGUGUCUUCUCUGCUUUCCCGAUCUCUCUGUUAUAUAAUUUUAAUCCAUCGAGAUUGCUUUUAGCUCUCUAUCUUUGAAUUUUCCGGGAAAAAAAAUGGGAGAAGAAGCUCGAGCUUUAGAUAUGGAGGAGACCAGUGAAGAGAACACGACGAGACGAAACCAUGUCGUUCAUGACUUGAUGGUAGAUUUAUACCCGCUUAGCAGCUACUACUUCGGUUCAAGAGACGCUCUUCGCGUCAAGGACGAGAUUAUCUCUGAUCGAGUCAUCAGAUUGAAAUCCAAUUAUGCUGCUCAUGGAUUGAGGACUUGCGUUGACGCUGUUCUUCUGGUUGAGUUAUUCAAGCAUCCUCAUGUUUUGCUUCUUCAAUAUAGAAACUCCAUUUUCAAGCUUCCUGGUGGUCGUUUGAGACCUGGAGAAUCAGAUAUUGAAGGUGUAAAACGGAAACUAGCAUCAAAGCUAUCGGUUAACGAAAAUGUCGUUGUUCCGGGUUUAGAGGUAGGGGAAUGUAUUGGGAUGUGGUGGAGACCCAACUUUGAGACAUUGAUGUAUCCUUUCUUGCCACCUAAUGUGAAACACCCAAAGGAAUGCACAAAGCUUUUUCUUGUGAGAUUACCGGUACAUCAACAGUUUGUCGUGCCUAAGAACUUCAAACUCCUCGCUGUUCCAUUGUGUCAACUCCAUGAAAAUGAAAAGACUUAUGGGCAGAUCAUAUCGCAAAUUCCCAAGCUUCUUUCGAAAUUCUCCUUCAACAUGAUGGAGAUAUGAACGAACCUCAUAAUCAUUACCUCUAGUAGCUCUUGCCCGCAAUUUGUGAUAGGAUUAUAUGUUUGGUGAAAUCGUUUGUGGAGCCUCUGUGAGUCUGUGACUAUGUACAUGUAUAUAGGGCUUAUAAUAUAUAGACAAUGUUGAAGAAUAGCAUGUUCUUGUUGGGUAUAGAGACUAGACAUGAAGUAUGAAUGAAUGAUAGUGGUGUUA